GUUAGAUAUUGACCAUUUGGAGGCAAGCUAACUUUGUUUUGAAUAAAGAGCUGACAUAUCGUUGUCAAAAUGGCGAUAAAACCUCCCGUUCUUAUGAACGCCGUUCCCCCGUAUGGGCAUGUUAUUUCCAACGAGAAGUGGAGAGGCUCAGUCCUCGUGCAAAGUUUGAAAGGAACUGGAAGUGUGAAAACAAUAUUUGAAGAAGAACUUGGCGUGGUGGACUUUCAUCUAUCUAACAAGAGCUGCAUCUUGUAUGUCUCUGAAACUGACAUUGUGGCUGGAAACAACUACAAAAGAAAACUUGUUAGGUUUAGAAAUGCCAACAGCAGCCUCCAGGGCAUAGUGCUGGUGGAGAAGACCCAGCUCAGCGAACAGUACUUUUCUGCCAUGCAGAAGUUUGUGGUGUUUGAGCUUGGUCUGACACUGCUACCUGUUGCCAGCCAGCUUGAAGCCUCGCAGCUACUCACACAAAUAGUGCACGGAGAAAGUAAAGACAACCCGUUCCGCAGGAGGAGUGUGUCUUGGCUGCUAGACCCCUUGGUCAUGUCCCUGGUUCAGCAGAUCCCUGGCGUAGGGAAGGUCAAAGCCAUGGCCCUGCUCCAGCACUACUCCAGUAUCCACCAGCUGUGCAAUGCAGGAACGCACGAACUGGAACACAUCGUGGGCCAGGCCACGGCUCAGCACAUACGCAACUUCUUCCACAACCCAUUGGUCUGACUCUGACAAAACGGCACAGCUCAUUGACAAAUCAAUACUUGUUUUAUGUUCAAGUGUGUAAGGAGGGCAACAGUGAACCUGACACAAUGCUGUAAAGCUAAAGAGACUUCCUUAGUUGGAAGUCUAGUGGAAUUAUAGUUUUUGUUUUUUCUUCACAUCUCUAUGAUACAAGUUUAUACAAACAGAAUGCUUUGGUGCCUCUGUGUAAUGCAAAAAUGUAUUGCAGUUAUUGUGACCCAUGGGCCUAUAAUAUGGGUCAGUGCUAUCAGGGAUCCUUGGGACAUCCCUACCUUACCAUUGUAAAUUGCAACUUCAAUGAAGGGGGUCCCAAGGAUCCUGAUAUCAUGUGUUGCACAAGACAUUGCAGAGCUACAUUGAAAGUGUGUGUGUGUAACUGACCACAAGAUGGAGUAGAAGAUGCUCUUUCCUCAUCCAGAACAAUUCAUAAACUUCCAUUGGAAUAAUACAACCUUAACCAAGGACUGUUUUACUUGAACUGAUUGCAGGUGCAAAUGGUAAUACAAUAUGGGUACCUUUUUCCAACCGAUGUUAGAACCUACAGGGAAACCUUAUAACUUCAAUGAAAUGGCAGAUCCCCUGGCUUAGUUCAAUCCAAUCCAUUUGCAAUAAAGCAUUCCGCCUCAA